UUUCUUUCUCUCCUUUCUCCUCCCCCAUCUCUAUCUCUCUCUCUAUCUUUCUCUCUCUCUCUCUCUCUCUGCAACAAGCUAGCACUCUCUCUUGUACAUGUGAUUCUCCACCAUAUCUCCAAAAACAAACCCCAUCAACCUUUACAAAAGAGAAAGGAUCCAUUAUCAUGGUUUUUUCUUCCAUGCCAUCCUAUCUUGAUCCAGCCAACUGGCAACAGCCACACAAUCAUGAAGCUGGAAGUAGCGGUCUUCCAAACCAGCCGCCCCCUCCUCCACCUCCGCCUCCACAACCUCAUGGAGGUGGCGGCGCUGGCUCCAUCAGGCCAGGGUCUAUGGCUGACCGAGCCCGUCUCGCCAAUAUACCGUUGCCCGAAGCUGCUUUGAAGUGCCCAAGAUGUGAAUCAACAAACACAAAAUUUUGCUACUUCAACAACUACAGUCUCUCCCAGCCUCGACACUUCUGCAAGACCUGUAGAAGGUACUGGACUAGAGGUGGUGCUCUGAGAAAUGUUCCAGUGGGAGGAGGUUGCCGGAGAAACAAAAGAAGCAAAGGAAGUAGCUCAAAAUCUCCUGUCAGCGGAGAUCGCCAGGCGGGUUCUAGUUCAACAAGUGCAGUCCACUCCAAUAGUAGCACUGCUGAAAUCCUAGGCCUCGCACCCCAGAUUCCACCCAUGCGUUUCAUGGCCCCUUUACACCAUCUCGCUGACUAUGGCGCCGGCGAUAUAGGCUUAAACUACAGUGGAAUUCCUACAGCAGUCGGGGGCACAGGUGACAUGAAUUUUCAGAUAGGAAGUCAUCUAGGUGGUGGCAGUAGCGGCGGAGCUGGAGGUGUUGGUGGUUCAUUUUUAUCGGUUGGAGGUUUAGAGCAGUGGCGAUUGCAGCAAACACAGCAAUUCCCCUUCUUAGGUGGGUUGGAUCCGCCACCAGGGUUAUACCCAUUAGAGGGUGGUGUUGAGCCAUCCAAUUAUGUUGGGGGAAGCAGUCAGGUUCGGCCGAAGCUAACUGGGUCUGGGUUAAGUCAGGUGGCUUCCGUGAAGAUGGAAGAUAAUCAUGAGAUGAAUGUGGCAAGGCAGUUCUUGGGAAUUCCAGGAAAUGAUCAGUAUUGGGGUGGUAAUGCAUGGACAGAUCUAGCUAGUUUUAGCUCUUCUUCCACUAGUCACCCCUUAUAAAACGGAUCACUGGCCAAAACCUCAUCAUGAAGCUUUAAUUUUUUUUUCCUUGAGUAGAGCUUCAACUAAAGAAAACCCAAUCCAAAAAUGAAGUUUCAGUCAAACUCCAUAUCACAAAAGCUGGUCUUUGUCUCUUCAAGAUUGACUAAAAACCCUAGAAAUUGUAGGCUUCUUGUUUUUCAUUUUCUUUCUUUCUUUCUUUUUAAUUUAGUUUUAUAAUGUAAUGUGUGAACUGUUUACUGAAGUGCGUGUACGAGUUCAUGGAGUUUUAUAUCAGACAUGUUGAUCAAAAGUGUUAGGCUGA